AUGGACCCUUCAUCGCCAGCUGCCACGUUUUAUUUAGCGCCUGUCAAAGGAACGAAUAAUAUGUUUUAUUGUUAUGGAAAUUCUGGAAAAUUUACGGUACAAUGUAACCAUGGACAUCAGUACGAUGAUCACCUAAAAGCCUGUGUUCCUUAUUGGUAUUACAAUUACAAGAACUUUCAAAAUGAGAUUGGAGUUUCUCACACGCCGUUAUGCCUAAAAGAAGGAACUUUUCCAUUACCUCAGCCGAAUGAAGAUUGUCGUCAUUUCUACACUUGCAAGAAGAAUGUUCAAAACCCAAAAAUUUGGGAUCAAACAAUUUAUCAGUGUGCUGGCGAACGACGAUUUAAUCCUGUAACGAAAUGUUGCUCGUAUCUCAGUCAGUGUUUGUAUGGCUUUGACGAAUUUGAUUAUGACAUUAAAUGUCCCGACAGUGGAGUUUAUAGACAUCCAUAUGAUUGCUCAACUUACUACUACUGUACGUUCGAUGCUUUCAAAGGAUGUUUUGUUGCUCGAAGAUAUUCGUGUUACGGUGAUACAGUUUUUGAUGUUUGUACUCGUGGAUGCAAACAGAUAACGAAUAUUGCUGAAUGCAAAUAUCUUCCAUUAGAUUUCCAAAAAAAUUUGUAUUGUGGAAACAAUUUGAAGGAAUAUUGUGGUUUUUGUCCGUCAUCAACUGUUUCAUCUACCACUGGAAGCACUGAGUCAACAACAGAGAGUUCGACAAAAUAUUCAACUGAAAGCACAUCUCCAGAAACAUCCACUACUGAACCAACGACAGUUGAAACUUCUACAGAGACGACGACAUCUGAAGUUACAACUACUGAACCAACUACAGUUGAAACUUCUACUGAAACGACGACAUCUGAAGUUACAACUACUGAGCUAUCGACAGUUGAAACUUCUACUGAAACGACGACAUCUGAAGUUACAACCACUGAACCAACGACAGUUGAAACUUCUACAGAGACGACGACAUCUGAAGUCACAACCACUGAACCAACGACAGUUGAAACUUCUACAGAGACGACGACAUCUGAAGUUACAACUACUGAACCAACGACAGUUGAAACUUCUACUGAAACGACGACAUCUGAAGUUACAACCACUGAACCAACUACAGUUGAAACUUCUACUGAAACGACGACAUCUGAAGUUACAACCACUGAACCAACGACAUUACAACCAACGACUGAAACUUCUACUGAAACGACGACAACGACAGUUGAAACUUCUACUGAAACGACGACAUCUGAAGUUACAACCACUGAACCAACGACAGUUGAAACUUCUACUGAAACGACGACAUCUGAAGUUACAACCACUGAACCAACUACAGUUGAAACUUCUACAGAGACGACAUCUGAAGUCACAACCACUGAACCAACGACAGUUGAAACUUCUACUGAAACGACGACAUCUGAAGUUACAACUACUGAACCAACGACAUUGACUGAACCAACGACAGUUGAAACUUCUACAGAGACGACGACAUCUGAAGUUACAACCACUGAACCAACGACAGUUGAAACUUCUACUGAAACGACGACAUCUGAAGUUACAACCACUGAACCAACGACAGUUGAAACUUCUACAGAGACGACGACAUCUGAGGUUACAACCACUGAACCAACGACAGUUGAAACUUCUACAGAGACGACGACAUCUGAACCAACUACAGUUGAAACUUCUACAGAGACGACGACAUCUGAGGUUACAACCACUGAACCAACUACAGUUGAAACUUCUACAGAGACGACGACAUCUGAGGUUACAACCACUGAACCAACGACAGUUGAAACUUCUACAGAGACGACGACAUCUGAGGUUACAACCACUGAACCAACUACAGUUGAAACUUCUACAGAGACGACGACAUCUGAAGUUACAACUACUGAACCAACGACAGUUGAAACUUCUACAGAGACGACGACAUCUGAAGUUACAACUACUGAACCAACGACAGUUGAAACUUCUACAGAGACGACGACAUCUGAGGUUACAACCACUGAACCAACUACAGUUGAAACUUCUACAGAGACGACGACAUCUGAGGUUACAACCACUGAACCAACGACAGUUGAAACUUCUACAGAGACGACGACAUCUCAAAUUACAACCACUGAACCAACUACAGUUGAAACUUCUACUGAAACGACGACAUCUGAAGUUACAACCACUGAACCAACUACAGUUGAAACUUCUACAGAGACGACGACAUCUGAGGUUACAACCACUGAACCAACGACAGUUGAAACUUCUACAGAGACGACGACAUCUGAAAUUACAACCACUGAACUAACGACAGUUGAAACUUCUACAGAGACGACGACAUCUGAAAUUACAACCACUGAACCAACUACAGUUGAAACUUCUACAGAGACGACGACAUCUGAAGUUACAACCACUGAACCAACGACAACGACGACAUCUGAAGUUACAACCACUGAACCAACGACAGUUGAAACUUCUACAGAGACGACGACAUCUGAAGUUACAACCACUGAACCAACUACAGUUGAAACUUCUACAGAGACGACGACAUCUGAAGUUACAACCACUGAACCAACGACAGUUGAAACUUCUACAGAGACGACGACAUCUGAGGUUACAACCACUGAACCAACGACAGUUGAAACUUCUACAGAGACGACGACAUCUGAAGUUACAACUACAGUGCCAACGACAGUUGAAACUUCUACAGAGACGACGACAUCUGAGGUUACAACCACUGAACCAACUACAGUUGAAACUUCUACAGAGACGACGACAUCUGAGGUUACAACCACUGAACCAACGACAGUUGAAACUUCUACAGAGACGACGACAUCUGAAACGACGACAUCUGAGGUUACAACCACUGAACCAACUACAGUUGAAACUUCUACAGAGACGACGACAUCUGAGGUUACAACCACUGAACCAACGACAGUUGAAACUUCUACAGAGACGACGACAUCUCAAAUUACAACCACUGAACCAACUACAGUUGAAACUUCUACAGAGACGACGACAUCUGAGGUUACAACCACUGAACCAACGACAGUUGAAACUUCUACAGAGACGACGACAUCUCAAAUUACAACUACUGAGCUAACGACAGUUGAAACUUCUACUGAAACGACGACAUCUGAAGUUACAACCACUGAACCAACUACAGUUGAAACUUCCACUGAAACGACGACAUCUGAAGUUACAACCACUGAACCAACUACAGUUGAAACUUCUACUGAAACGACGACAUCUGAAGUUACAACCACUGAACCAACGACAGUUGAAACUUCUACAGAGACGACGACAUCUCAAAUUACAACUACAGGGUCAACAACUUUAGAAACAACAGUUCCAGGAAUGACAACUGAUCCAAAUUUAUCGAGUUCGUCAGUUAAAUCAGAUUGCGAAGAGGAAGAACUAAAUCUUGGCGAUGGGUUGUGGUAUGAACCGAAUGUUUGUAUGAACAGUUCAUCAAUCAUAAAUGGUACUUUAAUCGAUGAAAAUAUCAGAAAUACUACAAAUACAGAGGCCAGUAUGCAUUGUUAUGCAAAUUUACGAAAUGUAAAUGAAUUUACUUGUCGAACUCAGAACUUUUCUGAAGCAGUAUCAAUUACAAGAACAGCUGAUUCCGCAGCAGUUAAGAAACAAAUUGUUUUAAUAACAGUAGAAGUUGAGCUACCCGAUCCUGGAUUUGUUAAUAUUCUAACAAGUAUAAAUGCAUAUCAUCAGCUAAUUCCUGCUGCUGCGUACCAAUCACAACCAUUUGGUGCUUACACGCAUUUUAAUAGAAAACAACUCGAUACAUCAUCAUCUGACAUAUUCUUUUUAGCUCCUGUUCCUGGAACAAAUGACAUGUUCUACUGCUAUGGAAAUACUGGAAAAUACACAGUGCAAUGUAAUAUGGGAUAUCAAUACGAUGAUAAACAAAAAGCUUGUGUCGCAGAUUGGUUAUACAAAUACAAGAACUUUCAACAGGAGCUUGGAGUAUCUCAUACACCGUUAUGCGUUAGUGAAGGUACUUUUCCAUUGGCACAGCUAAACGAAGAUUGUCGUCAUUUUUACACUUGUAAGAAGAAUCUUUAUGACCCGAAAAUCUGGGAUCAGGAUUUAUAUUUCGGAAACAAUUUAAGAGAAUAUUGUGGUUCGUUUACUUCAACUACUUCUUCAACGACGCCAGAGACGACAACUCCUGAAACUACAACGCCAGAAUCAACAACUACUUCUUCAACGACGCCAGAGACGACAACUCCUGAAUCAACAACUACUUCUUCAACGACGCCAGAGACGACAACUCCUGAAUCAACAACUACAACGCCAGAAUCAACAACUACUUCUUCAACGACGCCAGAGACGACAACUCCUGAAUCAACAACUACUUCUUCAACGACGCCAGAGACGACAACUCCUGAAUCAACAACUACUUCUUCAACGACAACUCCUGAAACUACAACUCCUACAACUCCCGAAACUACAACGCCGGAAACGACAACUCCCGAAACUACAACUCCUACAACUCCCGAAACUACAACUCCCGAAACAACAACUCCUACAACUCCCGAAACAACAACGCCGGAAACGACAACUCCCGAAACAACAACUCCUGAAACUACAACUCCUACAACUCCCGAAACUACAACGCCGGAAACGACAACUCCCGAAACAACAACUCCUGAAACUACAACUCCUACAACUCCCGAAACUACAACGCCGGAAACGACAACUCCCGAAACUACAACUCCUACAACUCCCGAAACUACAACUCCUACAACUCCCGAAACUACAACUCCGGAGACAACAACUCCUGAAACAACAACUCCUACAACUCCCGAAACUACAACUCCGGAGACGACAACUCCUGAAACAACAACUCCUACAACUCCUGAAACAACAACUCCCGAAACUACAACUCCUGAAACAACAACUCCCGAAACAACAACUCCCGAAACAACAACUCCCGAAACUACAACUCCUGAAACAACAACUCCUACAACUCCCGAAACUACAACUCCGGAGACGACAACUCCUGAAACAACAACUCCUACAACUCCCGAAACUACAACUCCGGAGACGACAACUCCUGAAACAACAACUCCUACAACUCCCGAAACAACAACUCCUGAAACAACAACUCCUGAAACUACAACGCCGGAGACGACAACUCCUGAAACAACAACUCCUACAACUCCCGAAACUACAACUCCGGAGACGACAACUCCUGAAACAACAACUCCUACAACUCCCGAAACAACAACUCCUGAAACAACAACUCCCGAAACUACAACUCCGGAGACGACAACUCCCGAAACAACAACUCCUGAAACAACAACUCCCGAAACAACAACUCCCGAAACUACAACUCCGGAGACGACAACUCCUGAAACAACAACUCCCGAAACAACAACUCCCGAAACUACAACUCCGGAGACGACAACUCCUGAAACAACAACUCCUACAACUCCCGAAACAACAACUCCUGAAACAACAACUCCCGAAACUACAACUCCGGAGACGACAACUCCUGAAACAACAACUCCUACAACUCCCGAAACUACAACUCCUGAAACAACAACUCCCGAAACUACAACUCCGGAGACGACAACUCCUGAAACAACAACUCCUACAACUCCCGAAACUACAACUCCGGAGACGACAACUCCUGAAACAACAACUCCUACAACUCCCGAAACAACAACUCCCGAAACUACAACGCCGGAGACGACAACUACUGAAACAACAACUCCUACAACUCCCGAAACUACAACGCCGGAGACGACAACUCCUGAAACAACAACUCCUACAACUCCCGAAACUACAACUCCUACAACUCCCGAAACAACAACUCCUGAAACAACAACUCCCGAAACUACAACUCCUGAAACAACAACUCCCGAAACAACAACUCCCGAAACAACAACUCCCGAAACUACAACUCCGGAGACGACAACUCCUGAAACAACAACUCCUACAACUCCCGAAACAACAACUCCUGAAACAACAACUCCCGAAACUACAACUCCCGAAACUACAACUCCCGAAACAACAACUCCCGAAACUACAACUCCCGAAACUACAACUCCGGAGACGACAACUCCUGAAACAACAACUCCUACAACUCCCGAAACUACAACGCCGGAGACGACAACUCCCGAAACAACAACUCCCGAAACAACAACUCCUGAAACAACAACUCCCGAAACUACAACUCCCGAGACGACAACUCCUGAAACAACAACUCCCGAAACUACAACGCCGGAGACGACAACUCCCGAAACUACAACGCCGGAGACGACAACUCCUGAAACAACAACUCCCGAAACUACAACUCCGGAGACGACAACUCCUGAAACAACAACUCCUGAAACAACAACUCCUACAACUCCCGAAACUACAACUCCUGAAACAACAACUCCUACAACUCCCGAAACUACAACUCCGGAGACGACAACUCCCGAAACAACAACUCCCGAAACAACAACUCCCGAAACAACAACUCCCGAAACUACAACUCCUGAAACAACAACUCCUACAACUCCCGAAACUACAACGCCGGAGACGACAACUCCCGAAACAACAACUCCCGAAACAACAACUCCCGAAACAACAACUCCCGAAACAACAACUCCCGAAACAACAACUCCUGAAACAACAACUCCCGAAACUACAACUCCCGAAACAACAACUCCGGAGACGACAACUCCUGAAACAACAACUCCUACAACUCCCGAAACUACAACUCCUGAAACAACAACUCCUACAACUCCCGAAACUACAACUCCGGAGACGACAACUCCCGAAACAACAACUCCCGAAACAACAACUCCCGAAACUACAACUCCGGAGACGACAACUCCUGAAACAACAACUCCUACAACUCCCGAAACUACAACUCCGGAGACGACAACUCCCGAAACAACAACUCCGGAGACGACAACUCCUGAAACAACAACUCCUACAACUCCCGAAACUACAACUCCUGAAACAACAACUCCUACAACUCCCGAAACUACAACUCCUGAAACAACAACUCCUACAACUCCCGAAACUACAACUCCUACAACUCCCGAAACAACAACUCCUGAAACAACAACUCCCGAAACUACAACUCCGGAGACGACAACUCCUGAAACAACAACUCCUACAACUCCCGAAACUACAACGCCGGAGACGACAACUCCCGAAACUACAACUCCGGAGACGACAACUCCUGAAACAACAACUCCUACAACAACAACUCCCGAAACUACAACUCCUGAAACAACAACUCCCGAAACUACAACUCCGGAGACGACAACUCCCGAAACAACAACUCCCGAAACUACAACUCCCGAAACUACAACUCCUGAAACAACAACUCCUACAACUCCCGAAACUACAACUCCGGAGACGACAACUCCUGAAACAACAACUCCUACAACUCCCGAAACAACAACUCCCGAAACUACAACUCCGGAGACGACAACUCCCGAAACAACAACUCCCGAAACAACAACUCCCGAAACUACAACUCCGGAGACGACAACUCCUACAACUCCCGAAACUACAACGCCGGAGACGACAACUCCCGAAACUACAACUCCGGAGACGACAACUCCUGAAACAACAACUCCUACAACUCCCGAAACUACAACGCCGGAGACGACAACUCCCGAAACAACAACUCCCGAAACAACAACUCCCGAAACAACAACUCCCGAAACUACAACUCCGGAGACGACAACUCCUGAAACAACAACUCCUACAACUCCCGAAACAACAACUCCUGAAACAACAACUCCUACAACUCCCGAAACUACAACGCCGGAGACGACAACUCCUGAAACAACAACUCCGGAAACAACAACUCCUGAAACAACAACUCCUACAACUCCCGAAACUACAACUCCUGAAACAACAACUCCUACAACUCCCGAAACUACAACGCCGGAGACGACAACUCCUGAAACAACAACUCCCGAAACUACAACUCCCGAAACAACAACUCCGGAGACGACAACUCCUGAAACAACAACUCCUACAACUCCCGAAACUACAACGCCGGAGACGACAACUCCCGAAACAACAACUCCCGAAACUACAACUCCCGAGACGACAACUCCUGAAACAACAACUCCCGAAACAACAACUCCUGAACCAACAACUCCUGGAUCUACUUCGACAACCAUGUCAGAUUUAUCUUCUACAGUUGUUUCUGAUAAUGAUAGCGAAAGUUCGCUUGUAAGAUCGUCUGUCGAUGACGAUCCUCUUCUUGCAUCUAAUCGAAAUUCUGUUGUUGACCCGAAUGUUGAAAAUUCGCAUGGUUCUCAACCAGCUGGCUCAAAUGACCCACAGACAAACGACCAAAAUGACCAAAGCGUUGAUCCAUCGCAUGUCAACUCAAUUGUAGAUAAAAGCAAAAAAGACGGACAAACAGAAGACUCUGACAUAAAUGAAAGAAAUGGACCAGGAUUUUGGUUUGAGCCAGCUUCGAAACCAGUCGAUGAAAGUAAGGAUAACAGUUUAGCUAAAACGCCAACAUCAUGUAGCUGUUCUGGAAAUGAUUGCACGAGCAGUUCCUGUUCUACAAACAAACAUUGUUUCGCGAAUCUAAAAGAAAAGACGCAACACACUUGCGGAUCUCAAAAUAAAAAAGAAGCAAUUUCAGUAGUUAUUAAAGACCGUGCAAACUGUGAUGCUGGUGAAAGCGACGACGUUGUGCUCACUGUAAAACUAAAAUUGCCUAAAUCUGGGAAAUCUGUUAAUUUAGAAGUUAAAAAUGUUAACAAUACCGUUUGUUCCUAA